GUGGAAACAACUGAACUCGGCAACGCGCUUUUCCGUUUCAGUUCAGUUCGCUCUGAAACCUCAUGCGACGUAGUCGACUGCGAUUUGAUUUGAAUGUUGUUGCUAACAUCGUGUUGCCAAGUAACCGUAUAGUGUACACACACGAUCAUUGAUUGUCAAGUGUUUUUUGCGUGUGGUUAGUGCCUACUGUGUUUAUAGUGACUGAUAUAGGACCAUGUUUUAAAACUUUGUUCCCGUGGUUUUUUGAAAGAAGGCAUCAUGGAUCUAAGAGGCGCGAUUUUUUUGCAAUUUUUGGCCUUCGUUGCUACUUUGGAACUGAAAAAUGGGGCUUACGACAAUUUGGUCAUCAAACUGGAAGAGACGGUUCCAACUGAAGACUGCAGAAACAUAAUUUCAAAUCUAGAGUCAACCCUUUCAAGUGCGUCGCAGUACCUGUUUUCCGCCUUGGACAGCCGCGCUUUCUUGCGAUCGGCAACUGUUCUGCUUCCGCCAUCUUGGCCCGACAACUGCGUCCCGUCAGCUGUCAUGUCGGCCAGCGGGGAAACCUCUGACGUCACCGUGGGUCCAAGCGUGGCCCCACGAGAAAGAAUAUGGACUCAGCAGUCGCUCGGUUGCGGCCAACCUGGCGAUCAGAUCUAUUUGGGCUACGAAACCUUGCUCCAGAGGGAUAACACUUUAGGUCGUUCCCUGAUCAAAGAGUUCGCUAUGUACCGCUACGGCGUCUUCGAGGAGCAGGGUUACUACAACGACCCCAUCUACCCCAUGUGUUACUACGACGACCAAACAAAACAAGCUAAAGUGACGGGUUGCUCUGAUUUGCCAAUCAAAGACAACGGUUUGUGUUCCCCCAAUCCAGGAGACGCCACCUAUAACGCAACGCAGAUGGUGGACCCUAAAGCGAGAAGUUCCAUAAUGUUCGCCGCUGAAGCUUCCUCUGUCUCCAUGUUCUGCGACGACGGCAAUCACGAUAGAUACGCGCCGACCAAGCACAACUUACUUUGCGAUAGACGUAGCGUUCUGGAAGUCGUGAUGAAGCAUCCCGAUUUCGACUUAAAAGACAACAUCAACAACGUGAACAGCAAUCAAAUCACCGACACAACCCCGAGAGUUAUAUACAAGAGACAAAACACGACGAGGUACGUUUUCGUCAUAGAAAACACCAAGGAUAUGCAGCAGAGAGAAUCCUGGAACUACCUGCGUUUGGCCAUGAGGCAGUGGACUCCUUACGUCCUUCCUGAUAACUCAGAAAUCGGGUUAGUUCUAACAGACCCCCACCCGAUUAGAGCCCUGAACAUUUCCACCGUCAACAGAGCCACACGCGAAGGUUACGAGAACCGUGAUAGAUUCCAUUCGUCCAUACCGUACACGCCGAACGAGUCCAUGCAACCCAGUUGCCUAUCUUGCGCCAUCAAAGAAGCCUCGAGCAUGUUGAACGAUAGAAGUAAAGCUAGAGGACCGGCGACUAACGUCAUAGUGGUGAUAGCGCCCGGAAUGCAAAGCGACGAGAGCAUGAACAAAGUCAUCAAAGACGCGGCGAAGAGUCAGAUCAGGAUUGCCACCAUAAACUACCCCAACAUCGUUAGAGAGCACACCUUGAGGAGACUUUCCGAUGAGACGCACGGGGUUGAUUUUGCUGUGUUCGAGAAGAAGUUGAAUGUAGACACCACUCUUCUUACAACAUACUUCGAACUGCACAACGUUCUAUUUAACGUUGUCAAGAACUUCUACUCCGGCCCUCCGUCGGAUCUCCCGGUGGAAAUCCACAGAAGGGAGAUCACCGAUGAUGGGAGAACCUCCGUUACCGGUAGUUUCAUGCUGGAACCCAACAUGGGGGAACCCGCGAAGUUCACGUUCUUCACCCACAACACCGUAACGCCUCUCAUAAAAAGCCUGAGACUCACCAGUCCAAGCCAGGUCACCUACACCACGAGGAACGAUAAAUUCCUGGACUUCAAGAUGAUCACUCUCAACGCCAACAUUUCCGAAACCGGCACCUGGACUUACACCGUGGAACCGUACCAAGGCAACCCCCAGCCGCACUUCCUACAAGUCACCGCGAGUCCUAAAUCACCGGAACUUCCGGUAAUCGCAACCAACUUCAGGACGCACAGGAACAAACCCGGCGACCCUCUGAUCCUCCUCGCUGAAGUCAAAUACGGCGCGCUUCCCGUCCUAGGCGCUAAAGUUGAGGUUACCGUGACGAAAUCCGAGAUCAACGGAUCGUUACCGCACAAGUACAAGUUCGAGUUGUUGGAUACCGGUUCGGGGGAUCCCGACAUCACCAAAGGUGACGGUGUGUACACCAAGUACUUCAGCGCUGCCGAAUGGGGGCAUGGGGUUUACAACUUCGAAGUUUCCAUCUCGGAUAACGGCAACACUGCUUACACUUGGUCCAGCUCUUCAAACACUCAAGGAGUUAAACACUGUUGUGGCAGUGUCAUUUCGUCAAAUGGAGUUCAACCGAUUUCCCCGUUCCAAAGAAUUUUACCGAAAGUGACCAUCAUGAUCACCUCCGACGAAAUUUUGUCCGCCAGUCAAGUUUCCGCGGGGAGAGUUGGUGAUUUGAAGGUGGAGGUGAUUCCCGAGGAUAUGAAAGCGAGACUGUCGUGGACGUCUCCCGAUAUGGCUGGAAACACCGUGUCCAGAUACGAAGUUAAAUACGCCCAGUCAGUGUUGGACGUCACGGAGAACUUCGAAACCAACGCGAUGGCGUGGGAGAGAUCGCAACCGCUCCCUCUAACGGCUGGCUCUGAAACCGUCUUCACCCUGGAUAUGAGCCAGAAUAAAGAGAUGCUGGAUAAACCCGUGUAUUUCGCUAUCAAAGCUUACCAAAAAGGUGACUUAGCCGGACCCAUUUCCAACUGGGUUAGAGUUUUGGUGCCGUCUCCUCCCCCACCGCCAACUGUGGCCCCCACGUACUCCUCAAACGACCAAUCUUUCUGGCCCAACAACGUGCCUUCUGUAGGCGUGGAUCAAGCAGGACCGAGCAUCGCGAAAACGAUGAACAUAGGCCUCGAACUGAUCCUUCCCGUAUCCAUCGGGUUCAUACUGUUGGUGGUGCUGCUAGUUGUGUACUGCUACUUCUGCGUGGUCAAGCGUAGAGACAGAGGAAGCCACAAAGCCAGCAAAGACAUGAAAAACAACAAGUUGAACUCCAACAUCACCAUCGUACCUAGUAGCCCGCAGAAUAGUGCGAACAUGGCGCCCAGUUACACCCCUGCGAACGACAUCCCCGAUCCGCAUCAAGUCGGCGUCCCGGUGAACAACUACGCCUACGAAGAUGAGACCAAGAAACGCUACUCCUUGGUGAAUCAGCAAGAACAACAGCUCAUUGAGGAGUUGAAGCAGCAACAGAGGGAGAUGCCGCACAACUACGGCGGUGUGAGCGUCAUCUCCAACAGAAACCCGCAACCUACGCUCUCCCCCUUCAACUCUUGGAGCGCCUCCCAGCUGCUCCACGAGCACGAAAGGAGGAACAGCCCGCUGGAGAACAUGAUGAACGAUGAGCAGAUGAUGAUGAACGGCUCGCAGGUGGACCACAUGUCGAUCAACGGGCAGACCAUGGACCACAUGAGCCUCAACGGUCACAACAUGGAGUACCCCCAAGGGCACAUCCCCCCUCCCGUGCCCCCACUACCCGCCUUCAACUCCAACGGAUACCCCGUGAACUACAGCAUUUACGGGGUGCACACCGCCCCGCCGCAGUCGCACCCGAUCUACCAGACCAUGCAGAGGAACGACAUGGCGCCCUUCAAUUCGUCGCUGCAAGGUUCCAUGACCUCGGUGAACAGCGGCGAGAAGAAGCGGCGGAACGUGACGAUGGUGUAACGGUAUCUCAUAGUGGAUACGGUGAGUGUUAAAAAACUGGAAACGUACACCACGUAUCUGUAAGCUCUGACCUAGUCAUUUUUUUUUAAAUUUGUGUGUUUGUACUCUCUGGAGCCAGUACUUAGGGUUAAGUUUUUUUAUAAGACUGAUCUCACUAAAUUUUAUUGUUUGUUUUUUGUUGUUAUUGAAUCGUAUAUGUGAGUAUCCCAUUUUUAUAUCGGCAAUUUUGUAAAUAAAUGUUUUAGCUUUUAAGGAAACUGUACAUACUUUUAAACAUUUAUAAUAAUCGACGAUUAAAUGUCUGUAAUUG